UCAGGAAGUACGGUGAAAUCAGCAUUAGAUUUUGAAAAAUACUGUCAUGAGCAGGAGGCUAGAUAUAUUAGGUAUCCGACUGGAAAACAUACUUGUCAGAAUUGUCUCGCUGGGUUAAUGUCUUCAUCAGUUGCCGUGAUGUCGACCACCAACAGCACGAGGGCUCCCACUUUGCCGCUAAGCCCUCGCAUUACUCUAGCGUUUUUAAUGGGCUUACUAGCUUUUGCUAUAAUGCUGGGAAAUGCUGUGGUCAUUCUAGCUUUCGUGGUGGACAAAAAGCUUAGACAUCGAAGUAAUUACUUUUUCCUUAACUUGGCCAUUGCUGACUUCUUUGUUGGUAUGGUCUCCAUCCCUUUGUACAUCCCUCACUUGCUGUUUGAUUGGGACUUUGGAAAUGGACUCUGUGCAUUUUGGCUCAUUGUUGACUAUCUUUUGUGUACAGCAUCUGUGUAUAACAUUGUUCUCAUCAGCUAUGAUCGAUACCAGUCAGUCUCGAAUGCUGUAUCUUACAGAGCUCGACACACCGGGAUCUUGAAGAUCGUGGCUCAGAUGGUGGCUGUCUGGGUACUGGCCUUCUUAGUGCAUGGGCCAAUAAUUCUAAUUUCAGAGUCUUGGAAGAAUUCCAGUUGGAGAGUCUUGGAGGAGAAGAAGGCUUGUGAACCUGGAUUCUUUACCAUAUGGUACGUCCUUGCCAUCUCGUCUUUCUUUGAAUUCCUGGUCCCAGUCUUCGCAGUGGCCUAUUUCAACAUGUACAUUUACUGGAGCCUGUGGAAGCGUGGCAAUCUCAGCCGGUGGCAAAGCCAGCCCACACUCCCUUCUCCUGUGUCUCCCAGUAACUGUGGAUCCUCACUCAGGGGUGGACUGUUUUCAAGAACAUCUCUUCCUGAACUGAAGGAAACAGUACCAUCUACUCCUUUGAAAAGACAUGAAAGAAAGAGCAGUCUCUUGUUCUCUUUAAGAGCCCAGAUGAAUGGCAGUAUAAUUGCUUCCAAAAUGGCUUCCCUCACCCAUUCUGAUUCCCUAUGUUUUCACCAAAGGGAACAUAUUGAACUGCUCAGAGCCAGGAAAUUAGCCAAGUCACUGGCCAUUCUCUUAGGUGUUUUUGCCUUUUGCUGGGCUCCCUAUUCCCUGUUCACAAUCAUUCGUUCAGUUUACCCACUAGACCAGCGUCCUCAAAUAUUUGCGUAUGAAAUCACGUUUUGGCUUCAAUGGCUCAAUUCCUUUGUCAAUCCUUUUCUGUAUCCAUUGUGUCACAAGCAUUUCCAGAAGGCUUUCUCGAAAAUAUUUUGUAUGAGAAAGCAAUCCAUAUCAUCACAAAAUCGGUCAGUGUCCUCUUAAAGAUAAUUUUAUCCUUUGUAAAAAUUUUAGUCUUAAUCUCACCUACAGGAAUUUGAUCUGACUUUCAUUUUGCCUUUUCCACUCUGCCAGGAAAGUCCAUAAAAUUGUAACACUUGAAAACUUAAAAAAAAAAAAAUCGGAGCCUGGAAGUCAAGGGAAAAUUAUCCUGGUGAAUAAUAAUAGUACAAUUAGAAAUAGAUGACAAUGUUUUUGUAAACUCAUAGCCACAAAUGCACUGUACUUUUUUUACUCAUUGCCUCUUCCUUGUCUUUUAGAUCUUGAUAUAGCAUUGAUGGUGAAAGUUAAGAGUUCUUGUUUUCUUUCCACGUUCAGUGUUUGCUAUAGCCUUAAGUGAAUUUCCUUUUUUAUUUUAUAGUGAUGAAAAAUUGUCAAGUUUUAAAGCCAUUUUUCCUAAAGUAUACAAUGGAAAAGGGGGCUAUAUUGCCCUCUUUGCUGGAGGUGGGCAUUAUGAUCAGUGGGCAGGCGUGCUGAGGUUUGAAUUGUCAGAAGCAGGGGGUGAGGUUGUGCCCAGAUGGAAAAGUGGAAGGCCUGUGUACUUCCGGACUCUAUGUUCCUGAUCCCAGGAAAGAAGGAAGUGUGGGGAGGGAAGAGCAGGUAACUGCAGCU